CAUGGAAAACACUUGUAAAGCUAUGAAAGAUUACUUUUAUAGUCUCUACACAGGACCAACUAUCGAUGAUAUGCUAUUUCAUUGUAAUGCAGAAGAAUUUCAUCAUUUCGAAAGAGAUGAAACUUUGGGAAUGAUAGGCGAUGUAUCUGGUUUAGGAGCGGGAAUUGGAAGACUUACUGGUCAUUUGGCUAAAACUGCAAAACAAGUUGUUGCUGUUGAUUUUGUGAAAGAAUAUUGUGACAAGAAUAGAGAACUACACCAAUCUUUGCAAAAUGUUCAAGUCAAACAUUGCGAUGUUGUUUUUUUAAAAGAAAAAAAUCAUUCCUUUGAUUUGGUUACAACGAAUUGGCUUUUUAUCUGCUUUCACUCCACAGGUAAUAAGGUGAGAGUUGAUAAUCCAACUCUUUAUAGAACGCCCAGAGAAUAUAUUCAUAUCCUAAAUGAUGUUCUUAAAGAGUACAAUGGAACCAUUUAUGGUUUUAAUGUUGAUUUUAUUAAAUCUUCAAAAUUUGUAAUUUUCGAACUCAAAAAGAAUAAUCAGUUCUGCUGUAUGUCUGCAAAAGUUGCAAAAGAUUGCAGAGAGAAUAUUGAUACUGAACGAGAUUUACUCAACGAUGUCAUUCUAUAUGAAAAAGUAUUCGGAGAGGAUUUUUUAAGCAAUGGCGCUUCAGCAGUAACAUUCAAUUUUAUUGAAAAAUUGAAUAUUCAAAAAGAAGAAUUCGUUUUAGAUAUAGGAUGUAAAAUUGGCGGAAGUUCAAUACAUAUGGCCAAAAAGUAUGGAUGUAUUGUGUAUGGAUAUGAUCUAUCACCACACAAAAUAGCUCUCGCAUUUCAAAGGGCACACAAACAAAAAUUGUUCAAUGUUGUCUUUGAGCAAAAUGACUUUACCAGCAUGAUAUUUCCCGAAUCCUUUUUCAGUGUCAUCUAUUGUGGAGAUUCUAUUGGCAAAGUCAAAGAUAAAUUGGCAAUUCUUAAGACCUUUUAUCAUUUAGAACAAGAAUUAUCGACCAUGAAAGAGAUUGAGCAAGAUUGCAAAGAUAUUUCCAAAAAGUGUCUAUGUAACAUCGUGAACAAUUGGCAGGAAAAUAUCGACAAAUGUAUGGAUGAUGAAUUAGUUUUCUGUGGGUUUUUGGCUUUUAAAGAUGAAAACUGCUGA